CCUAUCAAAACCUUGCCUCGAAGUAUUAACUCCGUAUCGUAAUUGCUGCGUCUUUUAGAUAUGGACGACCUCCCUUUCCAACGCACGCCGCUUUCCUCUCCUUCCUUCCUUCCUUCCUUCCAGUGUCUACUCCUUCUCCUCCUCAUCUCCCCCACAACACCGGCGCUCGUUGAGAAAUCGCAGGUAGAUUUGCGCGGAGGGGGCGCGUCGACGUCGCAUCCAUGGCCGCCGCCGCGUUCUCCAUCAGGGGGUACGCGGCGAGCAUGCGGAGCGAGGCGGCGGCGGAGGGUCGGCGUCCCUUGGGCAUCGAACAUCUCCCGCCUAUCAAGGCGCCGAGAUUCCGGUGGUGGGCGGACGAGCUGGCCUCCGCCGUGGCGGCUGCUGCUGCUGCGGCGGCGCCGUCCCUGAGGAGGUCGCCAGGGAAGGCGAAGCCGCCGAAGAAGAGGUCCAUCUCUGACCUCUUCGCCGCGGCGCCCCCCUUGGACGUGCCCCCCGCCGGUGAUAGCGGAUGCAACGAGCAAACGGUGGUGGACGGCGACGAGGCGCUGUGCGCGAUCGUGAGGCGGGCCAAGGAGGAGAAGAAGCGUAAGAGGAGACUGCAGGAGGAGCAGGAAGAGACGGCCGCGGCUGCCGCGCCGGACAGCAGCGGAGGGCGAGAUCCGAGGAGGAAUUUCGCUGCCACAAAGGAAGUACUUGAAAAUUCAAAUUUACCUGAUGGACUGGAUGCUUGCCCAUCACAGAAACCUGAGCCUUCACAACAUCGCAGAAAAGAGAGAGAAAGAAGUAAGAAGGGGAAGAUCAAUAGUGCAAGGAAGAAGGCUGACACAAAGAAGUGCAUUGACAACAAUAAAGUUGGCAAAGUGGGAAAAUCACGAAAUCUGGGAAAAUCUCUCCCUAGGCAGGGCAUUCUGAAGUACACAGAGCACACAUCUGUGAUAAUGGCCAACGAGAAAGAUGUCAAUUCAAAAGGCAAUGAAGUGAUAGAACUAUGCUGCAAAUCAGUGAAGCGUGUCAAAUUCUCAGAAGCAGAUGGUGUAAUUGACAGUAAGACACAGAGUUGUGAGCUACCCAAACGACAAAGUCUCUGCAAGCUGUUCUCGGAUGCUAUGGCUUCAUUGUCAUCCUUGUCAUCGUCAUCAUCCGCGUCUAUUGAAGGAGACAAAUGCAUAACUGCAGAAAGUAGUAGUUCUGACAUGCCCAAGGAACCCUUUACUAAGACUACAGAUGCAAAUAAGCAUUGCGAUGAUGAAGACUCUGCUGAGCCUAGUAACAGACAGAUGUCUGCUCCAUUCAUUGAUCUGAAUAUGACACCACCAGAAUGUACUGAUUUGGAGUGCACCUAUGAUUCAAAUUUAGAGGUGCCCAAUCUUGAGCAUACACAUGAUGAAACUUUAAGUUCUGAUGCUGAAUUGCUUGCUGGUGGAGAAAACUUGAUGAAUUUGUCUUUUGGUUCACAGGGACUGGAAAGCCAACCACCUACUACUGACUUCGAUAACAUAAAGAGUUCAAGAUCGGCAGGCACAUUUUUGCAUGGUGAGCCAAUCAAUGUUUCUGACAUAGUUGCUGUUGGUUCUCCAUUGAGCUUAAGAGAACUCGGUGAGACUCGUCGUGGUUGCAGUAAUGUUUCAGUAAAAGAUACCAGGACUACGAGUACAUCUCCUUGUGCAUUCCCAGACCAUACAUUUCAGGACUCAUUUCAGCAGCACAAGACUUGGUUCUCCAGCAAUGUGGAUAAUGUUGGCUCCCAGCUUUCUCGUGAAUGUAAUGUGUCUCGCAGCAAGGAGUUAUAUUCUCGUUCUGAGUUGAACGUGCAGCACGAGUGUAGUCCUUCUACGGGACAGACAGUUCGUUUGAUGGGUAAAGAUCUGACAGUUUGCACGACCAGAGGUGAAUCGUUUACUGAGACUGCACAGAAACAUACAGGUACUUCAACCAAUGACUAUCUUAAGACAAAUGGGUUAUUGCCACAAGGACAGCCUUUUUUCUCUUUACAAGCUCAAAGUUUCCCCAAUGUUGCAGUAAAUUCUACCGGUGCAACUCAAGCUUCAACACAUCAUGCAAGCACAAGUCAGGCACAUUUUGGGUACAGGACUCCACAUGAUUUCAGUCACCCAUUUCCUGCAGCAAAUGUGUUUCCUGGAGUUCGAUUGCCAUAUGAAAACAGGUAUAGGGACUUUUCAAACUCGCGGACCAAUCAGACUUUUCUAUUGGGGUGUCCACCUCUUCCCAAUCAUAGUAGUGCAGCAUUCCAUCAGAAUACGCCGCAUCCCUGGCGUUAUUUCUCUAAUCCUAUUGCUGGGGAAGAACCACCUGCAGCACCAUUUUUGCCUAUAACUGGACAGCACGGGACACCACCUUCGGUGUUCCAUGCCAAUUCGCCUCGGCAACAUGUUGGGCAUUCAGCAAGGUCGUCAGUUUGCGCUCUUAACUCUGUGAGUUAUACACUCAGCCAUCCAGGCCGGGUAGUUCAAGAAGUUUCCAACAGUACAAGAGAUGCAGCCCUUCAGUCCAGAAAUACAGAGAACCGAACAGGGCGAGCUGUUCCUGAAAAUUCCAAAGCUUCGUCUAGUUGUCGCAGUGUGCAGAAGAGAUCAGGACCAGUGAAGCUCAUUCCCGGCGCGAAGCAUAUCCUUGUGCCAAGUGAUAGCACGCAUGGCGACUCUAUGCCUGUGUACUCCUGUUUUUCCUUCGGAAGUAGGAGCGGAAAUGCUGCAGGGUCUCAGAACAAAGGAGCAUGAUUGACUAUGUGAAAUGCUGUAAAAUAGAUUGACUACCCUGUAAGAAUAGUUGCCAUACUUUUUCGUGCUUUCUUUGCUUAGUACUUUCUCAGCCGAACCUGUAUCCAUGACUGGUGUGAUCCAAAAGCAUGCAAUCUGAUAUUUUCUGUAUUCGUCUAAA